AUGACAAAGAAUAAUCUCAACAGCUCUCUCUCAUGGCUUCUGCAGCACCCACACUCUUUUGGAUCUUUGGGGCACAUAUCUGUUAUUGCUGAUACGGCCAGUAUAUCCUACGAUGAGUCGGAAGCAGCAGACGCCAACGAGGAGAUGGCAAGAUUGCAGCUGGCACCACAGAUACCUCCCCGACCGAAACUGCAUACGCAAUUGCAACGCGACCCGAAUCCUCUUCCCACGCCCACUCCCUCUCGACCGUCCGUUGACAGCAAGCCGCAAUCGAAUCUAUCCAAGAAACAGGGAACGCCUUCCGUAUACCGCCAAAGUCCCAAGCCGCGUACGCCCGUAACGAGCUUUGAUGACAUCAAAUUUGAUGAUUCUAUCGACGUCCUCGAUAUCGACGAAAUUGACCUCACUGGGGACGUUACUACUUCAUCCUUCGGCGAAUUUGGUCCCCCAACCCAGCUAUGGAAUGAAAGGUCGGCUUGUCGUGUAGGACCAACGCCAAAGAAGAAAGGGAAGAAGAGGAAAAGCGAUGAAUAUGAAUCGGAUCUGCUAUCUCCGCGGUCAAGUCGGAAGUCGACGAAGGUGGUGCAGCAACGCGCAACGACGAUAGCUUCUCCGACCCGCGGCAGCCAGACCAGCGUCACUGAGAAAACAAUUGAGGAAGAAAUUAGCCUGACGCAAACAACAACACGGCCCAGGGUCGCCACUGCUGAGCUAGACACAUUCUUAGAUCGUGGAGCUGACGCGAUUGAGGGAGGCCCAAAUUAUCAAAGAAAAGUAACGGAAAACACUCAUCAGCCGCAAGCUUCAACGCGUCCUCUACAAACUCGAACGCAGCGGUCGCAAAACGUGGUUCCUGAUUCCGACGACGAUGAGGAUCCACCUCCUGCUCAGAAGCUCGAAUCCGAUGCUUUCAGCCGAGCAUAUCUCAAGGAAGGACAUGGUCUAGGCCCAGAUGGUUUGGCGGCAAAGGAGGAAGAUGCAGAGAGAGUUUUCCGCUCUCCGGCUCGAUCUCAGCUAUUAUCGGUCCGUGAAUCGCCUGGACCCGCGGAUUCCGUUCGAGCAAAGUCGACGUUGACGCCCCAGAGGACAUCGAAUCCAGACGUAAUCUUCAACAACGGCACUCCGACUCUAAGCAUCACCGGUAACUUGACGUUGGAACAGAAAAAACUGGUUGAUAGCUUCGUGAUGAACGGUAAAGACCAGCUACAGAGCCUCGUGCAACGGCUAGAGGACUCGAAGAAAGUCGUGGUCAGACAAAUUCUGGAGGAAAUGUGCGAACAUGGCGCUGCUUCUAGCCAAUUAAAGGAACGGCAGAAGGCAAUAGCAAACAAGAUCAUUGCAGCGACGCGGCUUCAGGACGAAUCUACCACUCUCUUCAAACUUCGAAACCAGCGGGAGCAAAUGGUCAUCCAGAAAGACAAACUCUAUAAAGCGGGCCAUGUUAUUGAGCCCGACGACCCCGAAGAUGUUUUGACACUGUUAUGCCAGAAGAUUUUCAAAGCGAAGCGUGAGAUCGACGCCCGAGAACUUACAGUCUUCUCCCUUCUGGAACACGUGGGAGUGUCGACAUCCAAUGGCAUGAGGGACCAUGAAAAAAUAGACCGGGAUUCUUUGUUGUCCCCAGGUCCAAAGCUAUCAAAUCAAAAGGUCCUGGUCGCCUCUACACAAAAGCCGCCUCAAUCUACGUCCAAGAAUGCGAAAAGUGAAACUCCACAAGGUCUCUCUCACCUCUCAACUCAAUCGAUCCGCCAAACUCCAUCCUUCUACCGAGAGGAUGCAACCGACAUGGCCAUCAAGUCGUCAAAUCGCACUCCUUCUCCCUAUCGUGAAUCUCCCAAGAGAUCCCAAGUGUCGGAGUUCCCAAAGAUCAAGCAUUCCACCCCUCAUGCCUUUGACACGUCGGAUCCGAGUCGCGUGCUCGCCAGUGUGAGUGCGAAGGCUACCGUGGGCGACUUUUCAAGAACAAUGGGUAGCCCAGCUCGUGACUUUUCGUUCGAUGAUGAAGAUUUUGAGGAGGGUCUAGAUGACGAAGAAAUGUACAAGGCUGUAGAACAGUAUGAACAGAACCUACCGUUCAUAACAGCUACGUCUCCUGAUCGCGGUGAGCGCUCUGUUCUGCGUGAAGUGAGCGACAACAUUCGCAGGAAAUCGCCCCCCAAACCUGCCACAACAUCAUCCACACCUCGUCCUCCUCCUGCAGCUCUGAUGCAACAUCCAUGGUCGAAAGAAGUGUUUUCGACUCUGAGGAAGAAGUUUCAUCUUCAAGAGUUCCGCCACAACCAAUUGGAAGCCAUCAAUGCGACCUUGAGCGGCAAGGACGCCUUUGUGCUGAUGCCUACUGGAGGAGGCAAGUCUCUUUGCUAUCAGUUGCCAGCUGUAGUUCAGAGCGGGCGGACAGCAGGCGUAACCAUUGUCGUCUCUCCCUUGCUCAGUCUGAUGCAAGAUCAGGUGGAUCAUCUGCAAAAAUUGCACGUACAGGCUGUGCUCGUCAAUGGGCAGACUUCGCAGGAACAUCGAAAUUACAUCCUUCAAGCGCUACGAUCUAGCGAGCCGGAGAAGUUUGUUCAGCUUCUGUACGUCACACCCGAGAUGCUCAACAAGAGUGAGACAUUCUUCAAGGCCUUUCUGGACUUGAACAAGAGGCGACUCCUUGCACGUAUUGUGAUUGACGAGGCACACUGUGUCAGCCAGUGGGGACACGAUUUUCGUCCCGACUACAAAGCAGUGGGUGAGGUUCGCCGACGUUUCAUGAAUGUGCCAGUGAUGGCCUUGACUGCAACUGCAACUGAAAACGUGAAAGUGGACUGUAUGCAUAAUCUCGGUAUGGAUGGAGCUGAGGUUUUUACUCAGAGCUUCAACAGGCCUAAUCUCACGUACGAGGUGAGACCUAAGGGCGGCAAGCAAGCGGUUCUUGCAAGUAUCGCUGGUCUCAUACAGGAGUCUUACAAGGGACAAGCUGGAAUCAUCUAUUGCCUGUCACGCAAAGCUUGUGAAGAUGUUGCGAAGCAACUCCAAGAAGAAUAUGAUAUCCAAGCCCGACACUACCAUGCUGGACUCGAACCUCCAGAACGGAUCCAUAUCCAGAAAGAAUGGCAGGCCGGGAAAUACAAAGUUAUCGUUGCCACGAUUGCGUUCGGCAUGGGUAUCGACAAACCGGAUGUCCGAUUUGUAAUUCACCAUACCAUUCCCAAGAGCCUCGAAGGUUACUACCAGGAGACAGGUCGAGCUGGACGGGAUGGUGGCAGAGCUGGGUGCUAUCUCUACUACGGCUAUGGAGACACGACCUCCAUAAAGCGAAUGAUUGAUAAAGGUGACGGCGACUGGCAGCAAAAAGAGAGGCAGAAACACCUUUUGCGCAAUGUCGUACAGUUCUGCGAGAAUCGCAGCGACUGUCGCAGACAGCAAGUGCUCGGAUAUUUCAACGAACACUUCAAGCGAGAGGAUUGUAACAACACCUGUGACAAUUGCAACUCAACCAGCACCUUCGAGACGCAAGACUUUUCAGAGCAUGCCAAGAAUGCAAUCCGUAUCGUCCAGCAAGUGUCUCGCGAGCAAGUUACGCUGUUGCACUGUGUCGACGUCUAUCGUGGCGGCAAAACCAAGAAGAUUUCUGAGCUCAGCCACAACAGACUCCGCGAAUACGGGAUGGGAGCAGACUUAGCCCGGGGGGAUGUGGAGCGAUUAUUCUACCGGCUCAUUAGUGAGGAUGCUUUGGUGGAAUAUAAUAAGGUCAACACUGCUGGCUUUGCUACGCAAUAUGUGAAGACGGGUCCCAGAGCCCCGGAAUUCGAGGCCGGCCGAGGAGCAUUGAGCAUGCAAAUCUUGAUCUCGCCGAAAGAUAAAACGAAAUCCAAGGCAGGGGCUUCGAAGGCCAAGAAGAAAACACAAAGGGCUGGAGCCAAAGCCGCUGCUGACGAUUAUCCUGCGUCCACCAACGUUUCCUCGCCGCUGCAGCCUAGGUCUCGCAGGAUCCCUCCUCGUGCGCAGUUUGACGAGGAUUCCGACGAAGUGGAAGAAGAAGAUGAUGAUGGCUUCUAUUUUGAUUCGAUGCCCGCUAUUAGCGGACGCCGGCCCAACAGAAGAGUUGGACCUCCAAUUACUACGGACGACAGAACGGAAGGACUUGACGAGAUUCACCAACAUAUCCUGGAUGACUUUGUCGACAAUGCCAAAAAAGAGAUCAAGCGCAUUCAGAUCGCGAAAGGCUUACGGCAGGCGUCGAUAUCUGAUCUUAUACUUCGGGAAAUCGCCACUCACUUUCCACGAGAUGAGAAUGCGCUCCGCGACAUCUGCAGAAUGAAUGAAGAAAAGUUUCAAAUGUUUGGGCCUGUUUUGCUGCGACUGGUCAAAAGCGCAUAUAACGACUACAAGGCGAUGAAAGAGGCAACAGGAGAAGAUGUCGGCGCACCUCACGACCGAUCAAUUGUGGAAAUCAGCGACGACGAGGAUGGCGACCGAGUGGAUGAAAGCGACGAAGAACUCGACGAAACCGAGAGCAGUCACUACUUUAGUGUGGCCGACGAUGUCAGCCAGUUCAACGAGAAGCUAUCCCAAGCAUCGGCAUUCGCAACUCGAGCUCCGAAGACUGCACCGAAAAAGCGCAUUUCUCGACCUAAAUCAGUUCCUUGGAGUCACCGUACUUCACGUGGCUCUCAGCAGCGUGGUGGCGGGAGCUCUCGAGGAAGAACGACGGCCACGAAAGGAAAGAGAGGCAGUGGCGGUAUUACAAAGAAGGCUAAGAGUAGCGUCAGUGCUCGGUCUAGCACCAGCAAUUCAGGCAUGCAGGAAUAUGUGUAUAACAACAGCAAAGAGGCCUCCUCCAACCGUAACCGCGGUGGAGGAGCAGGAAAGAUUAGCAUGAUGCCGACCUGA